AAGAAAAUCUAUUGCGAGACAUUGAGAUUAUGAAUAAAAAAAAGAGACGAAGACGACGACUUGAACCCGCGGAUAGAAUAUACAAUUAUGCCGCCACCACCACUCGAUGCGUUCGUCUCCAGCUCUGCACCUCCCUGUUUAGCCCCCAUCGCUUAGGAAUUUUAUUUACAAGAUGCUUUAUCACCUGAUGAUGAUGCCUAGUACAGCACACGCUGGCCCUCGGAUGGCCCGGCCACAGCGUGAAGUCCAGUAACUGCGCCACCAACCGGCGUCCGGCGGCCGGUGGUUCCAACGGUCACCUUCCUGCUCUUCUUCACCUCGCCAUUUCUCUAUGCCCAAUUGCCCAUUGGCCACUGGUGGAGCUUUUUCCCGCUUCCAGGUCCAGCCGACGACCUCGAGCUCCCAAGUCUUCGUCGUCACCUCCAUUUAACAAGAGCAAUCCGCGAGAGGGAAAAACAAGGCCGUCGAUUCCUUCUCCGCAUAGCUCAAUUCUUUUAGCUGGCACUGGCAGCCUCCCCCAGCUCAGAGUAGGGUCGUCGUCGGAGGCUUAGAUCCAUGGCCUUCUGGGAGCCUUGCUUCGGCAAAGACAACGAGUGCUGCGACUGCGACUGCAGCUGGACCAAGUUCCUCAUCUGGUCCGCUGUCGUCCUCGUCGUGGGGGGCCUCGUCGCCGUGCUCGUCAUCGCCUUCGCCGUCGUGUACCCGCCCAAGGCCACGGCCGACGACGCCGUGCUGCAGCGGUUCGCGCUGGCGCCGGGCAACCCCGCCGCCAACUCCACCAUCUCCUACAACCUGACGGCCACGGUGUCGCUGCGGAACCCCAACAUCUACCGGGCCAUCGCCUACGGGCCCCUCGCCGUGGCCUUCUCCUUCAACGGCUCCCGCUUCGACGACUCCGCCACCGUCCAGGCCUUCGACCACAAGCCGCGCAAGACGGCCACGGUCCGCGUCACCGUCGGCGGCGUGGGCAAGCCCGUCAAGCUCACCGCGCCCGGGGUGAAGGAGUUCGCCGCGGAGAACGACACGGGCAAGUUCGCCGUGGAGGUGCGGCUGGACACGACGCUGCAGUACAAGGGGCGCAGCGCCAAUUGCCCGCUCGUCGUCGUCUGCCCGCUCCAGCUGCAGCUCGUCGAUCCCGACGUCGCCGCCACCGCGUUCCAGAGGACCAAGUGCACCAUCCUCCGGGCCAAGAAGUCCGGAUGCUAACUCCAUUGCUGAUUGACUUCUGGCUAGAGCUCGAUUUCGGCUGCCGUUUCUUGCUUCCUUCCUUCCUGUAUAAUUCUUCUUCAAGAAUUCUUUUUUGAGAUUUUCCCUCUCGAGACUAUUGUUGCGUCUGCUUGGAAGACUAUUUGUAGGAGUGCAAAAUUCGAUUUGAUGUGUAUAAAUCUCGAUAGUUCCUAACAAUUCGUGUGGAUU